AUGGGCUGCUCGCACUCCUCCGCAACGACCACGCGCACGGCGAAGCAGUCCCGGAGUGCGAAGCAAUCCCGAGCAGUCUGCGCCGGCCUCCCUGUUGUCGGGAUCCUACGCUGCGACGGAGCACGAUGGGAGUGCGCGCAGGCGAUUGUGAGCGCGGCUGACAGGGCCGAGUACCACUACCGCAUCGUGUACGCUGUGGUGGAGGGAUUGCCCUAUCAGCAUGUGCGCGCUGGGAAGCCUCUGAGUGCGUCCCAGGAGGAGGCGUUACGAGUGGCCGUCGAGGAACUUGACCUCGCUGAGUGCGUUUGCAUCACCGGCGAUUGCGGAUCUUUUGUGCACUACCAAGGCUUGAUACGCAGCCGAGACGCGUCGCUCAUCGCCACGAUGUAUCAGAGGACGGAGAAAGCGAUCGUUGUCGCGAUCGGGCUCGAGCAAGACGACGCGAAGCGCUUUAUCGUCGUCGGCCUGCAGCACAUUCGCGGUUUCGCGACCGCCGAUGUCGCCGACCAGGAGGUUAGCGAAUGGGGCCUCGUCGACGAGUCGGUGACCACGGUGGAGCGGAAGGCCAUCAUCACCACGGUGGAGCGGAAGGCCAAGGAGAGCAAUGCAAAGGCCAUCAUCCUCGAGUCGACGCUGCUGCCUUCGUUCAGCGACGCGCUGCGCGCCAGGCUCGGCCUGCCCGUCUUCGACGCCCUCACGCUGGUGGACUACUUUGCGGGGCGCUGCAGCGCUUACGACGGCCUCGACCCCGCGAAGCUUCCCGCCAUCGGCAUUCUGCGCAUCGAUUACGAGUACCCACCCGCCUUGGGCGACAUCGCUUGCGAAAAGCACCCCACGCUGCCAUCACAGGUGGCCGAGGGCCUGACGUUUGAGGUUGCGCAGGAGGGAGGGCCGCUUUGCAGCGAGAAGCGCGAAAACGUGGCGGCAGCUCUCCAGCGGCUUCAAGCGACGCCUGGCGUCGUCGGCAUUGCGGGUGAUUGCGGCUUCCUCAUGAACUAUCUCGCCGACGCACGCUCCGUCUCCAAGCUGCCGUGCUUUAUCUCGGCCCUCAUCCAGUGCGACUUGAUGGCGACCGCCUACGGCGACGAGGCGGCCCGCGCCUCCGCUCUCCCAAGCCCACGCCCAAGCCCAAGCCCAAGCUCGCCAGUCGGUAAUCCGACGCUGCCCUCCCUGCCGGCCGCGCAGGCGCAGUUCCUCGUGCUCACGGCCAACGGCGCGGCGCUUGAGCCAAAGUUCGCCGAGAUGCUCGCGCUCGCAAACGUGACAGAGGCGGAGGUGCAGGCGCGGUUCCACGUCCUCGGUCUCGAGGACGUCGACGGCUUCGACGCCGUCGCAAAGGGAGAGGCGGUCGACACCGCGCGGGUGGAGCCAGGAAUCGUGGCGCUGGCGAAGGCGGCGGUGGCUCGGUUCCCGGACGUGCGCGCGAUUCUCCUCGAGUACGCCGACGCGCUUCGGUCAGCGCUGGGCGUGCAGGUGUUCGACGCCAUCACGUUGGUGGAUUACGUCCACUCCUCCACGGCCGACAACCCCCACUUUGGGGUGAAGUUCCAAACCACGGUUCCCGAGACGCCCUCCACACCCUCCUCCACACCCUGGAGAAAAUCAUCGCCGACUCUGUGAGGGUCCGCUUCCUACACGGUGAAGAGCUUGAGGGUCCGCCCGCGUUUCGGCCGAAGACCACUCCCCGUCGGCGGCCUAGGUCGACUGGCGGCUAGCGGAUCGCUGCCGAGUAGUGAGUAGUGAGUAGUGAGUAGACGUGCCUGUAUGUCCUGACAGUGUAAGAGGUGUGCAUGUGCAGGGUGCGUGAGUCCGUGAUGGUGAUCACGCACCUUGUCUAGGUUGCGUGCACACGCGCUGAGUAGUGAGUAGACGUGCCUGUAUGUCCUGACAGUGUAAGAGGUGUGCAUGUGCAGGGUGCGUGAGUCCGUGAUGGUGAUCACGCUCCUUGUCUAGGUUGCGUGCACACGCGCUGAGUACUACGUAGUGAUAGAUACGUGCUUG